UCCAAAUCUAUGGAGCAACCCUAGGAGCUCAGAGAGUAUUUCGUUCUUGAUUAGAACUACACUUCCCAGAAAGCACCGCUAAGGUGUUGUUGUCGGAAGUGGCCGUCAGUGUGCAUCCGGUUGGAGCGGAGGACCGAGCAGUGAUAACGACGGACUGCAGGCAGCGGUCGCCCAGCCAGGAGGGGCCAUGAACAAACAGCCCAGUAAGGAGAGCCUCAAAGACAAGGUGAAGGGGAUCUUUGGCAUCGGACCCCAGAGGCCCCCCACCAAACAGACUGACAACAAACCCUCUGAGUUCAUCAUCAACCACAACAUCCUUAAGGACCUGCAUCCGGAAUGUGGGAUCGGGAAUCGCAUCAAGGUCAUCCACCAAGUGUGCGAUCUGGCCAAAUCCAAGAAGUUUGAGGAGUAUGCGGUGGAGGCGGUCUGGAAGGCGGUGGAGGACAUGUUGACCCCUGAGCAGCCGCCCGAGGCACGCCACGCUGUCCUGCUGCUGCUCAGAGCCAUCAUCCAGGGACAGGGGGAUCGGCUGGGUCCGCUCAGAGCCUACUACUUUAAGGUGAUCAGAGACUACCAGCCGCCAAAUGAGGAGCUGGCAGACCGCUUGGAGGUUUUCAAGGCCUUGACGGAGAAUGGAAAAGAUAUCACGUAUCUGGAGGAGGACAUCGCACGCUUUGUCCUCCUCUGGAUGGACAAUGGUCUGACUUCAGACUUCCUCAACGUGCUGGUCAACCUGGUGAAGUUCAACAGCUGCUACCUGGACCAGAACGUCUCCAUCAUGGUCCAGAAGAUCUGUCUGCUGUGCAAUAGAACCACCUCCUCCACUGAUAUCGAGGUGGCGCUGCAGGUGCUGGAUGCGGUGGUGUGCUACAACUGCCUCCCCUCGGACUCCCUCACGGUGUUCAUCAUCACGCUGUGCCGCACCGUCAACGUCAAGGAGUUCUGUGAGACCUGCUGGAAGCUGAUGAGGAAGGUGUUGGGGACUCACCUGGGCCACAGCGCCAUCUACACCAUGUGUCGUAUCAUGGAGGAAAGGGUGUACGUGGAGGAUGCGGCCCUGCUGCGGGGGGCGGUGUUCUUCGUGGGGAUGGCCCUCUGGGGGGCCCACAGGCUGCCGGCCCUGAAGAACACGCCCACCCUGGUGCUCCCCUCCUUCUACAAGGCCAUGUCGUGUGCUAACGAGGUGGUGUCCUACGAGAUCGUCCUGUCCAUCACUAGACUCAUCAAGAAGUACGGCAAAGACCUGCAGGUGGUGACCUGGGACAUCCUGCUGGCCAUCAUCGAGAGGCUACUGCAGCAGAUACAGACCAUCGGCAGCGCUGAGCUGAAGGCGAUCGUGUACGAGCUGCUGACCACGGUGGAGGAGCUGUACGAGCAGAACGGCUUCCACGGAUCCACCGACAAGUUCUUCAGCCUGGUGGAGAAGUGUGCCGACAAGAGGCCGGACUCCUCCGUGCUGACCCUCAUCUCCUACCGGGCUCAGUCCAUCCAGCCCGCCAAGGACGGCUGGAUCCAGAACCUCCACCGCCUCAUGGACACCUUCUUUAAGAAUGAGAGCCGGAGUGGGAUAAGGAUCAAAGUGCUUCACAUCCUCUCCUUUGUGCUGAGCACCAACCGGCAGCUCUACGAGGAGGAGCUGAUCGAGGCGGUGGUUCUCCCCCAGCUCAGCGGCAUUGCGGAGGACCGGGACCUGGCGGUGAGGAAGCAGGCCACUCAGCUGCUGGUGGACCUGGCCGAGGGCUGCAGCACGCACCACUUCAGCAGCCUGCUGGACGUCAUCGAGAAGGUGUCCAGCCGUCCCCUGGUCCCAGGGCCCCUGGAGGUUCUGGACAGAGACCCCACGGCAGAGUCGCCCAUGGAGGACAUCAGGACGGCGGUCCUGGGCCUGCUCGAGAUCCUCCAGAGUAAGCUGUACAGCCUGCCGGCGAGCCACGCCAGCCGCGUCUACGAGCUCCUCAUCAGCCACCUGCAGCUGCACUACAAGACCAAGGCCUGCUCCGCCGUGGCCUCCAGCAUCCGCCUGCAGGUGUUUGACUUCUUCCUGAUGCUGCGCGCCGACUCCCUCCACCGCCUCGGCGUCUCCAACAAGGAGGGGGCCCUGAGGUUCAGCCCCUACUGCUACUGCGACAUGGGGGAGCCGGAGAAGCGCGGCGGCGGUGGGGGGGGUGUGGAGAAGAAGACGACUGGCUCCGCCUCUCCUCCCGCCGGGGCCCCGCCUCCCGCCGUCCAGGCCACCUCCUCCUGCUCCGCCUCCUCCUCCGCCGCCGCCUCCUCCUCCAUCCGCACCGCCUUCCUGCCCUACGCCCCCGCCUUCAGCGCCCUGCUGCAGGCCCUCAAGAUGGAGACGGACUGGAAGGUGCUGAAGCUGAUCCUGGACCAGCUGCCCCGGACACUGCAGUACAAGGUGCUGCUCCUGACCUCGCCCUGCAGCCUGGACCAGCUCUGCUCCCAGCUCUGCUCCAUGGUGACCUUGGGUCUGACCUCGGAGCGUCUGAAGAAGACCCCGGACGGCUUCUCCCGGACAGACGUCCAGCUGGCCGUGGUGCCGGUGCUGACAGCCAUCACGUCCUACCACAACUACCUGGAGCAGCCCCGACAGAGGGAGCUGGUCCAGUGCCUGGAGACGGGCCUCAUCUACCGCUGUGCCAAGCAGUGCGUGGUUGCCCUGACGAUGUGCACCGUGGAGAUGCCCGACAUCAUGAUCAAGCUCCUCCCAGCUCUCAUCGUCAAGCUCACCCACAUCUCAGCCACCGUCGCCAUGGCCUCUCCCAUGCUGGAGUUCCUCUCCACCCUGGUUCGUCUCCCUCACCUCUAUGCUAACUUCGUGGCGGAGCAGUACGUCAGUGUGUUCGCCAUCUCGCUGCCGUACACAAACCCGUCCAAGUUCAACCAGUACAUCGUGUCCCUGGCCCAUCACGUCAUCGCCAUGUGGUUCAUCCGCUGCCGGCUCACCUUCCGCAAGGACUUCGUCCAGUACAUCACCAAGGGUCUGCGGUCCAACGCCCUGCUGCCGUUUGACGACGGCCACGAGCACAGCUCCUUCAGAGCUCGCAGCACAAGCCUCAACGAACGCCCCAAAAGUCUGCGGGCGGCCAAAGUGGCGCGGGCGGCGGCGGCCGUAGCCAAUAGCAGCAGCUCGCCGGUUAAAGAGCUGAGGGACGUCUCGGCCAUGGACGCCUUCCGGUCCCGGAGCAUCAGCGUGUCGGAGCACGCGGUCCGCAGGAUGCAGACCUCCACGACCACCAGCAGCCUGGGCUCUGCGGACGAGAACGCGGUGACGCAGGCGGACGAGGGCCUGAAGACGGUCCACCUGGAGCUCACCGAGACGUGUCUGGACAUGAUGGCUCGAUAUGUCUUCUCCAACUUCUCCGCACUCCCUAAGAGGUCUCCCAUCGCUGAGUUCCUCCUGGCGGGGGGCCGCAGUAUGACCUGGUUGGUUGGGAACAAGCUGGUGACCAUCACCACCAGCGGGGGGGGUCCGGACCCAGCCCUGCUGGGGCUGGACAUGGCUGAGAGGCUGGGGGGCGGGGGGGAGAUGACCAGGUCCGACCCGUCGCUCCACACCCGUCUCACCAAGGAGGCUCCGGCCAAACUGGAGUCCCAGUCCAGCCAGCAGCAGAACCGCGCCACGCGAUCAGGGGUCCGCUCCAUGUCAGGUGGGCACGCCCUGCGCUCAGGGCCCGCCCAGAGUCUCAGUCCUCUGGUGUCCCCCUCUGAGGGGAGUACGGGCCCCCCUCUCUCCUCUGCCGCCGCGGGCCCCCCCCCCCUGGAAAGCCUGGGGCCCCGCCGCCCCCGCAGAGCCCCCGCCCCCCCGCCCGCCCCUCAAGGACAACCCAGCCUGGCCGAGUUCAUCCCCAUGCACCAGGGCUGGGCCGAGAUCUUCAUACGGCGGCCGUCCGGUAACACCAGCUGGCUGAUGUGUCUAGAGAACCCGCCCAGUCCCUUCUCCUCGGAGCUGGGCAACAUGCCGCUGCAGGAGCUGUCCACCAUCCUGAUGGCCAUGGAGGGCGUGAAGGAGCCGGCCGGCCAGACGAGCAGCGCCCCCGCCAGCACAGCCACGCCCCCCCCCCACGCCGCGGGGAAGGGGCACCUGGUGCAGUGCUCCAACACAGACUCUGUGGUGGUGGUGGAGGAGGCGCGGCCCGCCCCCCCGCCGACCUACUCCCCGUCUGAAGACUUUGAGGCGACCUCUGAACCCAUCUUCAUGACCUCCAAGACCCCGCACACGCUCAGCAGGUCCUCCUCCACCUCCAGCCAGGACGAGGAGAAGUCGACCCUGGAGGAGGUGAGCGAGGGGGCCAUCCCCAUCGACCAGCCGCCCCAGGGGCCCUCCACCCCGGGCAGCCAGGGGCCCGACCUCCCCUUCCAGCCCCACGCCGCCCAGGGCCUCAACAAGUCCAGCUCCUCCCCCGAGCUGCAGACCCUCCCCCAGGCCUUCUGCCAGGGCCUGGAGGCCCCCGCCCCCAGCCCCCCCCGGCCCAGAGCGCCCUCAGACGGGAAGCCCCCGCCCGCCCAGGCCCCCGGGGAGAGGGAGAAGGUGGAGGCGGUCGGCGGAGGAGGUGGAGCAGCAGGAGCAGGUGGUGGUGCAGGUGGAGCGGCAGCAGGAGGAGGAGCAGCAGGUGGAGUAGGAGGAGGUGGGGAGACGCCUGGGUCGACGGGUGGGGCGGCAGGCCUGUGCCUGGAGUUCCCCUCAGCGGUGGCCUACCCAGGGCCCCUCUCCCCCAGCGGCGGGCACCGUCCCCGGGGCCACACCAUCUCGGUGUCGGCUCCGUCCUCCAGGAGAGAGAGGCGCACGGAGAGGGACUCGUACCACAGCCGCCCAGGGCCCAGCACCGCAGAGAAGACCUACGGACUCAGCCCCAGCUUCGUGUUCCUCCAGCUCUAUCACUCUCCGUUCUUCGGCAACGAGGCCAACAAGCCUCUGCUGCUGCCCAAGACCCAGGUGAUCGACCGGGCGGUGAAGGUGCUGGACCAGAUGCCUCCGUAUGACACCCACAAGAUCGGAGUGGUGUUUGUGGGAGUGGGUCAGGUGAGCAACGAGGUGGCCAUCCUGUCCAACGAGUACGGCUCCAACCGCUACGCCUCGUUCCUGACGGGGCUGGGGCGGCUGAUCCACCUGAAGGCCUGCGACCCAGACCAGAUCUUCCUGGGGGGUCUGGACCAGUACGGGGACGACGGCGAGUUCACCUACUGCUGGCACGACGACAUCAUGCAAGCUAUCUUCCACAUCGCCACCCUGAUGCCCAACAGGGAGAGUGAUAAGGGCUGCUGCAACAAGAAGAGACACAUCGGCAACGACUUUGUGAUGGUGGUCUACAACGACUCUGAGGAGGACUACAAGCUGGGAACCAUCAAGGGCCAGUUCAAUUUCGUGGAGGUGAUCAUCAAACCUCUGGACUACGAGUGUAACCUGGUGACGCUUCAGUGUCGUAAAGACCUGGAGGGAUUGGUCGACACCACGGUGGCCAAGAUCGUUUCAGACCGUAACCUUCCUCUGCUGGUGAGACAGAUGGCCCUCCACGCCAACAUGGCAUCCCUGGUCCACCAGUACCGCGCUAACCCCUCCGAUGCCUACGCCUCCAAGUGGCUCGCCCGCCUUCGACACAUCAAGAGGAUACGGACCCGGGCCCAGGAGGACAGUGCGUCCCGGCCCGGCGCUGGUAUCUCCCUGACCACGGGCCACGCAGCGGCCAAGCCCUCCUACCAGAGCUCCGCCUCCUGCCCCGGGGGGGAGGCGGUCGGCCAGAGGAAGCGCCUCGUCUCCACCGUCGACGACUUCACCGACUUCGUCUGACCGACGUCCUCAGCCCAGUGGAGGACCGCAUCGCACACAUGAACACGCACACAGGCGCGUGUGUGGAAUAAAGAGUCUAAAGCUGCCAUGUUGGAGUCAUUCCGUUCACCGAGAGCCUUCCACACGUUCUGCUGUCAAACCUUUUAUUCAACUUUGUCAAAAGCAUGAGAAGUGUUAAUCUGCCCGACAAUGCAAGAUGAUUCUGGAACACAUUCAGCGGCCAAGCACUAAACAGGAGCAUAAUUUCAGCAAGGCUUUAAACACAGGGAUACAUUUAAGUCCUACAAGAGUACAAACUCCAGCGGAACAUGCAGAUGGAUGGUAAUGAGGCUGACAUCACAGUAAGGGCAGUGUGUCGGUGGGAGAAUAGCAAUUUUAUAAAAUAGUGUUACAUUUACUCAAACUACUUGAAUCUGUCAUUUCAGAGUUUGAUGACAGUGCAGCCUGAUAUGUGAAUAAAACAAUACUUCAUCUGA